AUGGAAGAAUGUUUCAAUUUAUUUGCUACUCCUACAAAAUGUAAUGUACAAAAUGCUCCAAUACACUUACAAAUGGAGUUCAUCGAGAUUCAAGAAAACUCACUCCUAAAAUCCAAAUUUGAAGACGUAGAGUUGUGCGAUUUCUACAAAAAAUACCUAGAAGAAGACAAUUUUCCGCAGCUUAGAAAAUUCGCAAGAAGAUUGAUUUCUGCGUUUGGCAGUACUUAUAAAUGCGAACAGUUCUUUUCAUUGAUGAAAGUUAAUAAAUCAACACAUCGUACAAGACUGACUGACGAUAUUUUGGAAAAUUCUUUACGUCUUUGUAUCAGUGGAAUUCAUCCAAAUAUCGAUGGAUUAGUUUCCCAAAUUCAAGCUCAAGUGUCUCAUUGA